AUGAUUAAAUCAUAAUCUUGAUAUAUUUCAGUUGAGGAAAAAACAAAAGCAAAAGCCAGAUGAAUAUUGACCAGGAAAAAAGAGUGAGCUCAACUUGCCCCAUUUGUGAUUCCGCUUACUUUCUUCAAGCGUCGCAUAUCCUGUAUCUGUAUAUAUAUAGCCGUCAUCCAAACCCACACCUUACACGGAACAAGAUAUCAUUACACUAAACAGAGAUCGAUACAUAUAAAACUAUGUAUAUACGCGACACUUGUUUACAUACCUUCUGACCUUGCUUUAGUUAAUAAAAGGUCAGACGCAUUAAUAUCGAUCCCCGCAUACACAUUACACGAUGAUGAAGAUAUGCAUGAGCGUGUGUCAACAGCCAUUGCCGCCGCCGCAGCUCGACUUCUCCCCGGCGAGACUGAAUCCCAACUUCCUCAGCCUCAACCUCCACCCCCCGAAAGACAAGGUUGUCAUCAUCAUGGGCGCCACCGGCACUGGAAAAUCACGACUCUCCGUCGACCUGGCCACCCGUUUCCCGGCGGAGAUCAUAAACUCCGACAAGAUCCAAGUCCACCAAGGCCUCGACAUUCUCACCAACAAGAUCACCGCCGAGGAAAGCUGCGGCGUCCCUCACCAUCUCCUCGGCGUGUUGCCUCCCAACGCCGAUUUCACCGCCGCCAACUUCCGCCAGAUGGCAAAUCUCUCCGUCGAGUCCAUCCUGAGCCGCGGCAAGCUCCCCAUCAUCGUCGGAGGCUCUAACUCUCACGUGGAGGCUCUCGUCGACGACGAAGACUACAGGUUCAGAUCAAAGUACGAGUGCUGUUUCCUGUGGGUGGACGUGUCGAUGCCGGUCUUGCACGGGUUUGUGUCGGAGAGAGUGGAUAAGAUGGUGGAGAAGGGGAUGGUCGAGGAAGUGAGGGAGAUAUUCGAUUUGUGGGACACGGAUUACACGAGAGGGAGCAGAAAGGCCAUCGGAGUUCCGGAGUUGGACAGUUAUUUCAGGGCAGAGCCGUUCCUCGACUCUCGGGAGAGGGAGGAGCUGCUGAGGGAAGUGAUCGAAGAUGUCAAGAGGAACACGUGCGCUUUGGCUUGUCGGCAGAGGCAGAAGAUCGAACGGCUCGUGAGGGCGAAGAAAUGGAGCAUCCAAAGGCUCGACGCCACCGCCGUUUUCCGGCAGAGGAGGAGUACUGUCGAUGCAGACGUGGCCUGGGAGAGGCUGGCAGUGGGUCCCAGCACGCACGCCCUCUCCAGGUUCCUCCUCUCCGCUCCCCGCGGGGAACGCAACAUGGCUCGGUGUCUCGUGGCCUGAUCUCUCCCAUCGAACUAUACUACAAAACGAAUCAGAUACACGCUAACACUUUUUGGUCACAGCGAUGAUGUGACAAUAUUAUUAUCUCUACGAGAUUUUGGGAGUACGUUAAAAAAAAAAAAAUAAACAAAUAUGAAAUUUUGGCAUUAGCUUUGAUAUUUA